GCUAGUCACGUUCGCGAUUCGCUCGCGAUCGGUUGGUUUUAGCGGAGCGACGAGAGCCUGGUGAUUCUCUCGCUUGCUCGUUCGUUUGUCUUCCCUGGAGAAGUUCCGCGUCCUUAUCGUCUUGCGAAUCGACCGACACGGAAAUACACUUCGGCGAGUACAACGGUGUAUACACACACAUACACACGCGUCUCGUAAUAUCACUUGGCAAGCUUAUCUUAAGCUUGAGAAACGCGCGGCUGUUAUGAGUCGCGCUCACCGUUAUCUACUUGAAAUUUUAGUAGAAAAGUUUCCGCGCGAAAAGUGUCCAUUAGCUAUCAAUUAGUCUUUAUCUUGUCGUAAUGGGAAACGGACAGUUUAGAAGCGGACAGCCAAGAACUUACCCAAGAAAUGGGCCUCGAUGGGUUCCGGUGAGCGACAACAGGAUGACUCAAGGCAGUAGUCAGCCUGUGCGCAGCAAGAGCAAAACAUCGAUCAUGUCGAGCUUGGAGCGCGAUCAGCUGGGCCAGCGGGGUAUCGGCGACGCGCCCUGCGUUGGCCUUCUACGUGGCCUCGACCACAUCAGGGACCCACAAUUCAACAAGGGUAUGGCGUUCACUAUCGAAGAGAGACAGAUCCUGGGUAUACACGGUCUCCUUCCAGCAGCCGUGAAGACUCAAGAGGAACAGUUAGACCUCUGCCGCCGUAAUCUCGAGCGCUACACGGACGACCUCUCGAAAUAUAUAUACCUCAUAGGCCUACUGGAUAGAAACGAGAAACUCUUCUACCGUUUGUUGUCAGAGGAUGUAGCCGGCAUGAUGCCGCUGGUGUACACGCCGACCGUGGGUCAGGCGUGCGAGAAGUUCGGCCUGGUGUAUCGUAGACCGCGGGGCCUCUUCAUAAGCAUCCACGAUAAGGAUCACGUCUACGACGUUCUGACGAACUGGCCUGAGCAGGAUGUGCGGGCGAUCGUCGUCACGGACGGCGAGCGGAUACUUGGCUUGGGUGACUUGGGUGCUCAAGGCAUGGGCAUUCCCAUAGGAAAGCUGUCGUUGUAUACCGCAUUGGCUGGCAUCAAGCCGCACCAAUGUUUGCCCAUCACUUUGGACGUUGGCACUAAUAAUCAGAAAUUACUAGACGAUCCUCUGUACAUCGGUCACAGACACAAGCGUGUCACCGGACAAAACUACGAUGAACUGUUGGACGAAUUCAUGCAGGCCGUUGUGAAGCGGUUCGGUCAGAAUACGUUAAUCCAAUUCGAGGAUUUCGGCAACGCUAACGCCUUUAGGUUGCUCACCAAGUAUCGCGACGACUAUUGCACUUUCAACGACGACAUUCAAGGCACCGCCUCCGUCGCCGUUGCCGGCUUACUGGCUUCACUUUGCAUCACGAAGAAGAAGCUCUCGGAGAACACCAUCGUGUUCCAGGGCGCCGGAGAGGCGUCGUUAGGUAUCGCCUCGUUAUGCGUGACGGCCAUGCAAAAGGAAGGAGUGAGUGAAGAAGAAGCUAAGAAGAAGAUCUGGAUGGUAGAUUCGAAAGGAUUAAUUGUGAAGAACCGUCCGCGCGGUGGGCUCACGGGACACAAGUUGGAAUUCGCACGCGAGGACGAGCCGAUCGACACUCUGGUGGAUGUUGUGAAGACGGCCAAGCCAUCGGUUAUCAUCGGCGCGGCCGCCAUCACGGGCGCUUUCACGACAGAAAUAUUGCAAGAAAUGGCGCGAAAUAACGAGAGACCGGUUAUUUUUGCUCUGAGCAACCCGACGAGCAAAGCAGAGUGCACUGCUGAGGAAGCAUACACUGCUACGGAGGGAACGUGCAUAUUCGCAAGUGGCUCACCUUUCCCGCCGGUCAAAUACAACGGCAAAACUUUCCAUCCCGGUCAAGGUAACAAUAGUUACAUCUUCCCUGGAAUCGCGCUUGCCGCAAUAUGCGCCGGUAUGCGCACAAUUCCUGAGGAGACCUUCCUGAUCGCUGCGAGAGCUCUCUCCGAGUUGGUGUCGCAGACCGACUUGGACAGUGGGAAUCUUUACCCGCCAUUGUCCGACAUACAGAAGUGCUCGAUGAGUAUAGCUUGCGCGAUUAUGAAGUACGCUUACGAGAAUUCGCUGGCAACAGUUUAUCCAGAGCCUAAAGACUGCGAGAGCUUCAUCAAGGCGCAACUAUACGACACGAGCUACAAGUCGUCCGUGCCUCCAGUAUAUUCAUGGCCGAACUUAUAAUGUCUCCGAUCAUCCAAUGAAGACUUGACUUUGCACACGAUUUUGGGUCCACGAGCGAGAACAUAUACGCCACACAUGUAGUCGUGCGCGCGCGCAUACACACAGUGUUCUCGAAAAUUGUCAACGAAUUUCGCUUACGCUAUUCCUAAGAGCCUGUUGAUCGGGCUUACUUUAUCCGAAGCACUGCGUACGUGAGAAUGUGAGCAUAAUUUAUAAAAAAAAAA